UCUCUUCAGCACUUGGGUUCGUCAGCUCUUCUUCCGCACUCCAGCUGCAUCCAUCCGGAUCGGUUGGCCCGUCCCGGCCGCCGCGACCGAUCUGCUGAGAUGUUCACGUCGAAUCCACCAAAUCCAGCUAGCUCCCUGGCUCCCUGUUGCUACCAGCACGCACCACGGCCGCCUACUACCACCCGGCGUCUGUCUCCACGUGUUCUUAUCAUGGUUUGUUUCUCUGCCCGCUGCUCCGAUCUUUCCCGCACUCCCUUGCCUUGCACUUCUCGGCAAGCAUCCUCCUCCAACCUCUAGGAUCGAUUAGUUUAUCACCCUGUUCGGUGAAUGGGAAGAUGUAUGUUAUUUGAUGCGAGUUCAUCGAGGACGCCAUGAGCCGGAACAAGCGUGGUCAGCGCAGGUGGCGGCUAUGGCUGUGGGUGAUGGUUUCUUGGGUUCUUGCGGUGAUGGUGGUGAAGGGAGGUGCGGAGGUGACGGAGUCGAACCUGGAGGAACUCCGCGACGAGCGGCGCGACCUGCUGGUGCUGCGCGACACGCUGCGGUCCGCGCUGGACCUGCACUCCAACUGGACGGGCCCGCCGUGCCACGGGGGCCGGAGCCGGUGGCACGGCGUGUCGUGCGACGGCGACGGGCGCGUGGUGGGCGUGGCGCUCGACGGCGUGCAGCUGACCGGCGCGCUCCCGCGUGGCGCGCUCCGCAGCGUGUCGCGGCUCGAGGCGCUCAGCCUGCGCGGGAACGCGCUCCGCGGCGCGCUCCCGGGGCUGGAUGGGCUUGCGCGCCUCCGCGCCGUCGAUCUGUCCAGCAACCGGUUCUCGGGACCCAUCCCGCUCGAGUACGCCACCUCACUGCGCGCGCUCGAGCGGAUCGAGCUCCAGGACAACCUGCUCAACGGCACCGUCCCGGCGUUCGAGCAGCGCGGGCUCGUCGUCUUCAACGUGUCCUACAACUUCCUCCAGGGCGAGGUCCCGGGCACCCGCGCGCUGCGCCGGUUCCCCGUGAGCGCGUUCGACCACAACCUCAGGCUCUGCGGCGAGGCUGUGAAUGCCGUGUGCCGGGCGGGGCCGCCGUCGGCCGCUGCUCCAGCCACCGCCGGAACCAGCAGCGACAAUCCGGUCGUGAGGCCGGCUAACGACAGAGAUCGGGCGGCGCGGAAGCCCGUGCGCUUCAGGCUGGCGACGUGGAGCAUCAUCGUGAUAGCCCUCAUCGCCGCGCUGGUCCCGUUCGCGGCCGUGCUCAUCUUCCUUCACCACACGAAGAAGAGCCGGGAGGUCCGUCUGGGUGGCCGUGCUGGUGCCGCAGGAGCCGGAGACAUCAAGGACAAGGCGGAGCAAGGCCGAGGGAGCGGCAGCCGGAGCACGGACUACGGCAAGAGCGAGGAGCUGCAGUUCUUCCGUGCUGACAGGGCCAGCUUCGACCUCGACGAAUUGUUCCGGUCCACGGCGGAGAUGCUCGGGAAGGGCCGGCUGGGGAUCACGUACCGGGUGACACUCGACGCCGGCCCCGUCGUCGUGAAGCGGCUGCGUAACAUGGCGCACGUGCCGCGCAGGGACUUCAACCACACCAUGCAGAUCCUGGGCAAGCUCCGGCACGAGAACGUCGUCGACCUCGUUGCGUGCUACUACUCCAAGGAGGAGAAGCUGGUCGUCUACGAGCACGUCCCCGGGUGCAGCCUCUUCCAGCUGCUGCAUGGGAACAGAGGCGAGGGGAGGACGCCGCUGCCGUGGCCGGCGAGGUUGUCGAUAGCGAAGGGCAUGGCGCGCGGGCUGGCCUACCUGCACCAGUCACUGCCGUACUUCCACCGGCCGCCGCACGGCAACCUCAAGUCUUCCAACGUGUUCAUCCUGUUCGCCGCCAAGAGCAAGCAGCAGAAGCAGGUGGUGACCAAGCUGACGGACCACGGCUUCCAUCCGCUGCUCCCGCGCCACGCGCACCGGCUGGCCGCGGCCAAGUGCCCGGAGUUCUCGCGCGGCGGCGGCAGGCGGCUGUCGUCCCGUGCCGAUGUGUACUGCCUCGGACUCGUGCUGCUGGAGCUGGUGACAGGGAAGGUCCCCGUGGAGGAGGACGGCGACCUCGCGGAGUGGGCGCGGCUGGCGCUCAGCCACGAGUGGUCCACGGACAUCCUCGACGUGGAGAUCGUCGGCGACCGGGGCCGGCACGGUGACAUGCUGCGGCUCACGGAGGUCGCGUUGCUCUGCGCCGCCGUCGAGCCCGACAGGCGUCCCAAGGUGCAGGACAUUGUCAGGAUGAUCGACGAGAUAGCCGCCGGCGACGGGUCGGAACUAGCCGAGCGCUGAGGUCUGCCACGGUGCAGGGUUGGAUUGGUUGAUCGACAUGAUCAUGCUUGAUUUCAAGCUUCUUAAAGUCGUUUUUACCUUUUCUUUUCCAAAUGUAUCAAUGUAAUCAAUUGGGUAGUACUUCAACGCUCUCCGAUCGAUUCCGUUGAUACAGAAGGGAGAAGAAUGCAGAGUUCAUAAUUUCAUAUGAGUGUUUGGUGGCACCAAUGCAUAGAAUUUUCUUUUCCGGGGUUUGGUGAUGAACACUCCGAUCCAUUCAUUCUAUUGACCAGCGGUUAACUGUGAUCAUGUACUCUAGCUAACUUUUUGUCCGUUUGAGGAUGCUAGAUGUUUUUUCUCUCUUUUCGCUA